GAGCGGGGAACAGCCACAAUCUGCUCCUUCCCCGGUGGCCACAUACUCCACGUCAUGAGGGGUGGGUGGGGGGUUACCGAACACGUACGUGGCCCCCGGAUGGAGGGUUGCUCUUCACCAUCUUUUGCACAAUCGCCACCGAACAGCACCCACGUUCGACCGCAAAAUAUGUACUGUUCAGACACCGGAGUUUACCUUGGUGCUGCACCUCUGACGGGGGCGCCCGCCUACGCCACAAGUGCUGAUGUCCCGAUGGGCAGCCAUUGUCAUGACUCAAGUGGAGGACAGCCCAUCAUCGACGGCGGCAUGGGUGACACUUUCACAGAACCUGCCGUAUACAUCGCUGGGACCCAAGGUGGAGGACCUGCGACUGUCAACAUCGACGACGAAGGGGCUACGCGGUCUAAUGACGCCAUUCCGCGAGCGGAUCGUGGGAAAAGGGCUGUAGGGGAGGAGAGGGGAGGUCGUGGGGGGCAAAGCAAGGGCAAGGCGAGAGUUCGAGGUCCCGACUGGACAGACAAGGAGAGCAUGGCGGUUAGAGGGCAUACCAACACUGUCACAGAUGAUGAAGACAUCGGCGGAGGCAGUGAGAAUGGAGGGAAUGGGCGAACAGCGGAUAGUGACAGCGCAGAGGGUUCCAAGUCUCGGCGGACAGGGGGAGCGAGCGGCCACAAUCGGCAUUCUGCACCAGAGACUUCAGCUGACGCAUCAAGGGGAGGUUCAUUCGCCAACAUAGCACAUGCUCUUGUCGACGCAAACGACCGUCAUCCUGACAAGAUCGCAGGGAGUUUCGUGCACGCCAUGGACGGAAUGAACAAGACCACGGAGGACGGUAACAGGACGCUGUUGCAAUGCUUCGCGAUCCUUUCAGGUGCGAUGGUGGGACUUCCUCCGGAGUGCGACAGGCAUUGUCACGGUGAUGGUCGCGCGAACGAUGGCCGGUGAUCGUGACGUCAUGUGCCAUGGGUGGACCAUUGGAGCUGUCUGUAAUUGGUCCGUUUGUUUCCACACAUGUAGUGUUUGGUUGUAUGUGUGUGUGUGCAAAUUUCUCAUCAUAAUCUUUUCUAAAUUUUUGGUUAUCCUCUGGGCUAAUUGCGCACACCGU